GCCAACCCAAAAAAUACGUCCACUAGAAUCUACUCGUUGCUUCCCCUCCAAAGCAGCCGCCGAUCCGCAUCUAACGCAAACCCUAAACCCUGCCCUCAAAUCUUUUCUAUAAAUCCUCGUCGAUAUGCUUAUUCCCUAAACCCUAGCCGCCUCUCUCUCUCUCUCUCUCUCUCUCUCUCUCUCUCUCAUCCCUGAUGAAUCUAGCCACGCUGACAAAGAUGCCCUGCACUCUCAGUUUCGAUCUCAAUAGCUUGGAUUUUACUUGAAGCCUAUUCAUAAGUGGGGAUGUACGUGAGGUAGUCUUAUAUAUUUUCUACCUUAAACUGAUGUCAAUUAUGUCAAAUCCAGAGGCUUGUUUUUAAAAAGUCGACACUGUGUGCCUAAGAUGUCCUCCGUCAGGCUUGAGAAAUAAUGCUACUUCAAUCCUUCCUUCAACAUGGCUGAUUUCCUUUCUUGCCUUUGCAUGUUUAUGUGAUCAUUUACCAAUCUUAGAUGGCUUUGGAUAUCACAUGCUUGUAUGGAUGCAGCUGUAAUAAGACGUCAAAUUUGCUGCGACCGAUCUUGUUACACAAAUCAUCGCUUAGACUUUUGGUUGCUUGUAAGGGGAACUUGGGUUGAUUCAGGGGAUCUUUUUCUUCACAGUGCGGAUAGAUAUAGAAAGGCUUGUGACAAUCCAAUAGGAAUAGUGGCGAAGCCCAUUUAACUGUGUUGAUUGAUGAGAAGACUGCUGGAAUGAGUCUUGUGCUGAACUCUUUAACUCCGGACCAGAAGUUGCAGUUUUGGUAUGUAAAUGCUUGAUGAUGCUUUCCUCGUCAUAUUGUUUUGACUGGAUUAAAAUUCUUAUAUACUGUUAAUAGUGUCAAUGGUUUUGAUAUUUCAUCAUUUUGGGAUAGAAGGAAAUUUGAUUUGGUCUUGACUUUGUUGGUUUAUUUCUUGCGAUCUGUGUUCUAUCCAAAAGGAUGUUUAUAUUGGAGUUGUGGCCAAAUUAGGAAAUAGAGCAUUCUUUCCAGUCUCUUUUCGACUUGAAACCCCCGUUCAACUGUGAGAUAGUUAUUGAGACCAUGGGUUGGCUUUACCGGUGAAUAGGUUUCACUUUACCUACCUUAUUUAUCUUCCGCGUUUUUGUUGUAGAUAUGAUUUGCUAUUCAAAUUAAGGUCCAUCAUGAUCAAAUGGAUAAUAGGCGAGGUUACAUCCAGCUUUUGUUGAGGGCCUGAGCCCUUAGGUCACCGUUUCUUUUUCCCAGUGCUGUUUCAAUGGCUACGUUCGCUGUUAGGUUGUUUGCCAUUACAGGUAGAUCUAACACUAUAGACUUCUCUGUUUCUGCAUGCUAAGGUCUUGUUUGGUAACCAUUUCAUUUCCUGUUUUCUGUUUUCAUUUUCAAAAUUUUCAAAAUUUAGAACCGAAAGUUUGUUUGGUUGUCUAUUUUCAUUUUUAAAAAUUAAAAUGAAUUUUCUAAAUUUUUGAAAAUUGAGAAAGUACCAAAAGUCUACUUUCACUUCUUGUAAAAAUAAAAAACCGGCUGCCAAAUCUGGAACGCACGUUUUGUUUCCCCUUAUCUCAUCUGAGUCUUCCCUUAUCUCAUUUGAGCCUUCCCCAGAUCCAUCGAUCUCUCUCGAUCCCACUGGUUUCAAGCGGUUGAAAAGGUCUCUCUCUCUCUCUCUCGAUCUCUCUCUCUCUAUCAAUUUUGUUCUCGCCCUUCUUUGGAUCUAGUUAGAUAAGAGUUUGGGAUUAGGAAAGUGAUUUUUCAGUUAUGAUAGUCCGACAAUCAGUACAAUUAUCUUCAUGCUUGUCAAAUUCAAAUUGGAUAAUUUAGUUUUGCUUCUUAGUGAUCUAAAUAUCUAUUUAGUCAUUCGCAAAGUUGAAGUCGAGAGCAAUUAUUCUUUGUAGACUUUGGAACUUAUUGAUUUAACUUGAUGAUUUUGGGGUUUCUUGUGUUUCAACGCUGGGAAACUGGAGUUCUAUGUGCCUUGCUUGGGUCGCAGUCCAACUGCUAGAUUAGGAUGCGAUCAAUCUUCGUACAACACUCCUCGGAUUCGUCACUUGUUUGAUCGCUUUUUUGAUUCGUAUUUCUAGAUGCAUUACACAUAUAUCUGUAACCGUAUUCGUUUAUCGUACAGUUUCUCUAUCAGAAUUGCUUGUUACAUUAUCUCCGAUCUCGUUACCAGUUGAUAUGCAUUACCGUUCUCUUGAGAAAACGUGCUCUGGUUAGAUGUUACUCUAUUACUCUAUUGCUUGUAUCUGUAACCGUAUUACCAGUUGAUUUGCCAAGUACUUUGCUUGUAUUUAGGUUUGCAGAAUUGAUGUGGAUUUGCCUCAAAUUUUCUUUUUGCUGGAUUAGAAAUUGGCUUCCUAAAAUUGAUUUAUUAGCUAUUUUUUGAAAUCUGGAUUUGGUGAUUUGUCGGAUCAUGUACCUGAUUUUGUUAGAUGGUUAUUGUUGUGGACACCUUCGACUUAUCAAUGAGAUUUCUUGAAUCUAUAGUUCUACUUUGCCCAAAAAAAUCUGAGAUCUUAUUUAGACCAAUUGCGGGGUGAUUUAUAAAUAGGAAAUGGCUACCAAAGGCAAUGUAAGUAUCAAGAUUGAGGAUAAUGAUGAUGUUGAAGUGGGAGGUGUAGCUGAUUCCCUGUGGUCGAAGAAAAAUGAAGCUUUUUUUAUUGACAUUAUGGAGGAGGAGGUGAAAACAAUGGGUAGUCGAGAUAUUUGGACUUUUCAGAUAAAAAGUUGGGCUAGGAUGAGGAAGAGUCUUUCUGCUAAAGCUAAAUACGAAUACUUUGAACUUCAAAUAAAAAACAAGUUCAACCAACUACGCACUAUGCACACCAAAUUUAAGAGCCUUUGUGACCAAAGUGGCGUUGGGUGGUGUGCGGAAAAAGGUACUGUUACUGCUGAUGAUACCCUCUGGGAGAAGCUUUAUAAGGUUAAUAAGAAGGCCAAGCAUUUCAGGAAAAAAGGUUUCCCACACUAUGCAGCGAUGACCCAAAUACUUGGAGAUACCACUGCAACAGGAUUCAAUGCUCACCCGUCAGUCCAAUCCCCGUCUGGAACAGAUAGUUCUGAUCCCUCAUUCCAACUUAAACAGGACAAAGAUGAUGGUGAAAUAGAAGUAACUAACAUAGUGGUUAGUGAGAAAAAAAAAAUGUGCAUAGUGACUCGUGAGCCUCUUCCGAAAUGGGCUAUUCUUAGCCCAUCCCAAUCAAGCCAUGCAUGUGGUAUUAGGCUUCAGCCCUAACCUCUCAUUCGAAACCCUAAACCAACAGCGCCUAGGGUUUUCCAGUGACGAGAGCUUAUAAAAACAAGAAGUUAAGCCUCUAUCUCUCUCUCUUCUUUGUCUCCCUCUGGGCUUUCUUUGUUGCAUGUAUAGGAAGGCUAUAUAAUUUGGGUCUUCUUUUCUAUGUUGUGUUGCCAUCUUUAUCUUUCUAAAUCAACCGUCUACAAAAUUUCUGAGUUUUUCAUUCUUUUUUUUUUUCCGCUGUUGAAUUGGUCUCUGAUGAUGAUCAAACAUAAACUUUCGUUCUUCUGAGAAUAAAUUUUAUGCGGAAUGCUUUAUGGAGACGUGAACUGAAGAGACUAUUUUUUGAUUCAAUUCGUGGCAAAAUCUCUUAUGAAGAGAUCUAUUUUUUUUUUUUGCUUUUCCUCGAGAUUUUGAUUUUAUACCUACAUCUCCUUCCUUUUCUUUUCUUUUUUUGUUGGGCUAGUAUUUCGUAUUUCCAUGGCCUGAUAUUGAGUGAUGCCUCUAAUGAUGAUCAAACAAUACUUUCGUUCUUCCGAGAAAUUCUAUGCGGAGAAAUUAUUGGAGACCUGAACUGAAGAGGCUUUGAUUUUGAUAUUUCAAUGUAACAUCUUAGUUUCACUUUGUUCUCUGAACCUACGGCCCUUGGCUGCUGUUCAAAUGCAGUAGAAAAUACUUGUUGAAAUGUGAAAAAGUUGUUUCACAUGUUUAGUCAACUUACGCGCAAUUCGAUUAAUUCUAGAAGAUCAAUCCCACCGUUUACUUGCGGAUGUCGCAAUGGUGUCCAGAGGGUUCGACAUUAGUCUUUCCCCUGUAUUAAUUGUAGGAGCUACGAGCUGAUGGAAUGCAUGCUCAAAGUGUACAUCUAUAAAGAAGGGGACAAGCCAGUAUUUCAUCAGCCACAUUUAAGGGGAAUCUAUGCUUCUGAGGGAUGGUUCAUGAAAUUGAUGGAAGGAAAUAAACAAUUUGUUGCAAGGGACCCCCGAAAAGCUCACUUAUUUUAUUUACCUUUCAGUUCACUAAAGCUAAGGAGUGCUCUUCAUCAAGAAUCAUUUGCCCAUCAAAAGGACUUGGAGAAAUAUCUAACGAAUUACACAGGCAUUAGUGCUAAGAAGUAUCGGUUUUGGAACAAAGCUAGAGGAGCAGAUCAUUUUCUUGUUGCUUGUCAUGAUUGGGCACCUCGGAUAACAAGAGAGAAUAUGGGGAAUUGCAUCAGAGCUCUUUGCAAUUCCAAUGUUGCUGGAGGCUUCAGAAUAGGCAAGGAUGUAUCAUUUCCGGUGACAUAUAUCCGCACUUCGCAGGAUCCCCAAAAAGAUGUGGGAGGUAAACCCCCUUCCAAUAGACCUGUUAUGGCCUUCUUUGCCGGGGGCAUGCAUGGUUAUGUUCGUCCAAUUCUACUACAUUAUUGGGAGAACAAAGAACGAGACAUGAAGAUAUUUGGCCCAAUGCCUCGUGAUAUUGAAGGAAAAACGAAAUAUAGGGAGUACAUGAAAAGCAGCAAGUAUUACAUCUGUGCAAGGGGUUAUGAAGUCCAUACGCCCCGGAUUGUCGAAGCAAUAUACUAUGGGUGUGUACCAGUGAUCAUAUCAGAUAAUUAUGUGCCGCCAUUCUUUGAGGUACUAGUUGAAAAAAGACUAACAUGUAAAUCCAAACCAAAUUAUCAAAUAUACAGGGGAAAGACUAACAUAUGUCGGACCCUCUGGACACCAUUGCGACAUCCGCACGUAUACGGUGGGAUUGAUCUUUUAAAAUUAAUCGAGUUGCGUGUAAGUUGACUAA